AUGCCUUCUCAUGAUCUCAAGAUUGACCACAAAUCAAUGCCGUUGACUUCAAUCACAAACAAUCAUCAACAUCAUCAUCAUCACCACCAUCAUCACCAUCUUGGUCAACCUUAUUACCACUCCAACGAGUACAAAGUGGCCAAACCAAAACUUUCUGAAAAACGCCAGAGCUACAAAUACGGCCAAUAUCCUCAUCGAAAACGCGUAAACGAGCAAACUUCACCAACUCCAAUGAGAAGUGUUUCCGAUCUUGGCAACAGAGAGGAGGAGCGUCUGACAAAUGGCACAUCCCUAAGUUACAAGAGCAUGCUGACCACUACACCUAGUUCGAAAAGAGUUGCUCACAAACCAUCAGCCACCCCCAUGUCCUCUUCUUCCAAGGGCGGCACAGAAGCCUCAGCAGCAACAACAACACACCACAGUACUUCAUCGUAUUCAUAUUCCUCAUCUUCACCGUUUAUUGAAUCACCAGCGGAGGACAACUACAAAUCAAACACACUGAAUUAUAACAAAUCUCCAUCACUAUCAACUCAUUAUCCUCCCAACAACAACACCGACGCGCCGCCUCCUUCUGCACCCAAUUACAAGUUUGAUGAUUUUGAAAUCGGAAGAGUUUUAGGCAAGGGCAAAUUGGGCAAAGUAUAUUGUGCCAAACACAAACCAUCAGGAUACCUAGUUGCGCUCAAGGUGAUGUCAAAGAAGGAACUUUCGUCAAUGAAACUAGAACGCAAUUUCCGACGAGAGAUUGAAAUCCAAUCUUCAUUGUACCACGUCAACAUCACUCAUUUACAUACGUGGUUCCAUGAUGAUACCAAUGUGUAUCUAGUUUUGGAAUUCAGCUUGUAUGGCGAGUUGUAUCAGGAAUUGCGCAAGCUUAAGCGGUUCGACAAUGUUAAAGCGAGCCAUUACAUAUAUCAAGUGACUUUGGCAUUACGAUACUUGCAUGAAAAAAAGGUUGUUCAUCGGGAUAUCAAGCCGGAGAAUAUCAUGUUGAGUUUGGAUAAUGUGGUGAAGUUGAGUGAUUUCGGUUGGUCAGUGUAUAUGAAGAAUCAAGAUGAAGAAGGGAAACAAGACCUACCUAACAAUGUUCAUGAUGAUGACGAAGAAGAAGAAGAAGAAGUAGUGGAUAACAAGCAUCGCAGCCAUAUAAGCCACAUGCAAAAUCCUAGUGGUGCCCAUCCGCCGCUCCAACAAUCGAAUAGAAGAAAUACCAUAUGUGGAACAAUGGACUACCUACCUCCUGAAAUGAUUGAACUGAAACCACACGAUAAAGCAGUAGAUAUAUGGGCAUUGGGGGUGUUGAUUUAUGAACUCCUCGUUGGCAAGCCACCAUUUGAGGAAGUUGACAAGAAUGCAACUUAUAAACGUAUCGCUAAAGUAGAUUUAAGAUUUCCAAAGUACUUGCCUCCCAGUGGACCCAGUGGACCCAAUGGUGCCAAUGAUCGCACUGGUGGUGAAGGCGAUGGUGGUGGUGGUGUUGGUGCAAAUAUCAAGGAAAGCAUAAAGAGAAAAUCAGUAGCGAAUGACGGUGCAUCUGCAAUGAUGACGACGACGGCAAUGGAUUUGGAUGCUAUUGACUUGAUCAGGCGGUUGUUGAGGUAUGAACCAAGUGAAAGAUUGAGCUUGGACGGAGUUUUGCGACAUCCUUGGAUUACUAAACAUAAGCCUUAUUGGCCAACACGGAGUAAGUCGAGGUGA